GGGGGGGGAAGCGGCGGCGUGAGGGGAGGAUGCCGCUGCCAGUCCAGGUCUUUAACCUGCAGGGUGCAGUGGAGCCCAUGCAGAUUGACGUAGAUCCACAAGAAGAUCAGCAAAAUUCACCUGAUAUCAACUAUGUGGUGGAGAACCCCACGCUGGAUUUGGAGCAGUACGCGUCCAGCUACAGCGGGCUGAUGCGCAUCGAGCGGCUGCAGUUCAUCGCUGAUCACUGCCCACAGCUGCGCGUGGAAGCUCUCAAGAUGGCUCUGUCGUUUGUCCAGAGAACUUUCAAUGUCGAUGUGUAUGAAGAAAUCCACAGGAAGCUGUCUGAGGCCACCAGAGAACUGCAAAAUACACCUGAUGCUGUCCCUGAUAGUGGAAUUGAACCCCCUCCUCUUGACACAGCUUGGGUUGAAGCUACACGCAAAAAAGCUCUUCUUAAACUGGAGAAACUCGAUACAGAUCUGAAAAAUUACAAAGGGAACUCCAUCAAGGAGAGUAUCAGGAGAGGCCACGAUGAUUUAGGUGAUCAUUACCUGGACUGUGGAGACCUUAGCAAUGCUCUCAAGUGUUACUCACGAGCCCGUGAUUACUGCACCAGUGCUAAGCAUGUCAUCAACAUGUGUCUCAAUGUCAUCAAGGUCAGUGUCUACCUCCAGAAUUGGUCUCAUGUUCUGAGCUAUGUAAGCAAGGCUGAGUCUACACCAGAAAUAGCAGAACAAAGAGGAGAAAGAGAUAGCCAGACACAAGCAAUUCUCACCAAACUGAAAUGUGCAGCAGGCUUGGCCGAGCUAGCUGCCCGGAAGUACAAACAGGCAGCAAAGUGCUUCUUGUUGGCAUCAUUUGAUCACUGUGAUUUCCCUGAGCUGUUAUCUCCCAGCAAUGUGGCUGUGUAUGGUGGGCUCUGUGCCCUUGCUACGUUUGACCGUCAGGAACUGCAACGAAAUGUUAUCUCUAGUAGCUCCUUCAAAUUGUUUCUGGAGCUGGAGCCACAGGUUCGUGACAUCAUCUUCAAGUUUUAUGAAUCUAAAUACGCUUCAUGCCUGAAGAUGCUGGAUGAGAUGAAGGACAACCUGCUGCUAGAUAUGUACCUUGCACCUCAUGUCAGGACACUUUAUACCCAGAUUCGAAAUCGUGCCCUUAUCCAGUACUUCAGCCCCUAUGUGUCAGCAGACAUGCGCAAGAUGGCCACUGCUUUUAACACCACAGUGGCUGCUCUGGAAGAUGAACUCACUCAGCUGAUUUUGGAGGGGCUGAUCAAUGCCAGAAUAGACUCUCACAGUAAGAUCCUGUAUGCUCGAGAUGUAGAUCAGCGCAGCACAACUUUUGAGAAGUCUCUGCUGAUGGGCAAAGAGUUCCAGCGCCGUGCCAAAGCCAUGAUCCUGCGCGCCGCCGUCCUGCGCAACCAGAUCCACGUCAAGUCUCCUCCGAGGGAAGGUAGCCAAGGGGAGCUCACUCCAGCUAACAGCCAAUCCAGAAUGAGCACCAACAUGUGAAAAGCUUCAUGCACUACCAAAAGAAAUGGUCCCUCAGGACUGUACCCAGUGUCUCACUCACUAACUGCUGAGCUUCACAAACUGUCCCUUAUCUCCCUCACUUCUUGCUCGGACUGGGAGAGUCAGGGUUGGUGGUGGAUAAUAUGAAUAUUCCAGUAACUUCAGUUCUCCUUGAAAAGAAAUUCUAUUUAAAAACAGCAUCCCUGCAAAUGGGUCAUCAUUUCAAUUUUGGUAGAAAACCUUCACUCUCCUUCCACCACUCCAUAAAGAGCUAUCAAGUUAAUCAUACAGAUGCUGAGUUGAGAGUUUUUCAGCUGUUGUUAGUUUUCUUGUUUCAAAGCUGCAAAAAUAGUUAGUUGAAUGGACAGGCAUGAUAUAAGAUUAAUUUUGCUGGCCUGAAAGUAUUGCCUUGAUUUUGAGCAAUGCUGAGCUUUCUGUUUUCCAAAUAAACUUAUAAGUGCAUUGCUCUCAAUUAUGGCUCUAGAGUUCUGAUGGGAGAGGAGAUUUACUUUGAGAAACUCUUGGAGAAUUUUCACCUGUACAAGAAAACAUGGCAUUACUUCCAUGCAUUCAGUCACAGGCCUUUAUUUUUAGGGUUUUAUGUUUACCUGCAGCCAGGUUCUCUCUCUCUCUGGUCUCUAUUUUCAAAGAACUGUUUCCUGAUAUGUUUCUCUCUUGUAUGUUACCUGGCUCUGGGGUCCAGUGUUAUCAUACCAGUAAAUCUCUACUUCAUGCAAAUAUUGCUGCUUGCCCAGUUUUACUGCCAUAGUGUGUGAUGGUUUCCCAACAUGUGCAGCAGUUGUUUUGGGUAGAAUGGAUAAAUGCCAUAAACCACCACUCAAGUCUUGUGAAAUC